GAAGGAGGACAAGGAGAUGAUGAAGGAGCGGAAGAGGAAAAAAAGCAAGCUGGAUGGGUGGAAGGGGGAUGGGUACGAGACAGCGAAAAGACUAGAGGGCAGUCGAUACAGAAGUCUGAAGAGGAUCAAGUGGCCAAAUUCUGAAGACGUUGAGGCUGCAAAAAUGUCACCUUCGGCCGACGUCAAUUGUGAGGUAUCCAGACUUCGCCGCAGCCAGACUCUUCUGACUCCGAGCCGCCAGGUCGUCUGGAAGAAUCAGCAAACAAGACUUACCUCUGCGGGUGGUGACCAACAGCACCACCGAGUCCUUGACUUCGACCCCAAAGAGGCGUCGAGUCUGUACCAUCCAGCCGGACAAAAGUCGUUUCCGUGCUCAGCCUCUGUGACCUUCUCCACUUGGCUGAGGGAAAAUCACUCUAACUCGGUACCACCCAAGCUUCCUUCGCCAUUUUCACUAACCCAGCGCUCUUGUCAAAUUCCUUUGCUCAUCACUGCCCAGCCUCAAUCCACUCCAAGUUCCGCAUUCUUGCCACCUUAUUUUGCGCCUCCAAACGAGGCAGUCGCUUGCCCCUCUUCCUCAUCCUCCUCUUCGACUGCAUCUCCCUCCACACCUCUCCUUCCCUCCUCAAGUGAUCCGCUUUCCCUGUCGAGCCUACAACAAAAUCUUCUUCCUCCUCCGCCUCCUCCUCUUCUUCAUCAUCAUUAUCAUCAUCUUCCUCACGCUCAUCCUCAACACAACCAUGCAAAUAUGUCGCCAGAUCUACCUCCGUUGUUAAAGACUCGAUCUUCUUGCCUCGUAAACUCCUCCUACUCUUCAUGCGUGUCCUCUUCCUCUUCAUCCCUCUUCGGCCCCUCACGCUGCUCCGCUCAGGCUGCGGAGGGAUGCCCCUCAAUCCUGCUACUUGGCCCCGGCAACCAGCGAAAUGGUCAGCUGUCCGGUCGUCGUCAUCCGAUAGACAUCAUCACAACAAUCACGACGCCGACACCACCCUUUCCCGGCUCCUCCUGUGAAGGCACACCUCCGCAAGACCCACGCCUUGACAACAACAUUUCCACAGACAACAUGCUGUCGAGCCGUCCGUCCGAAACAGUUCACACAACAGACCGACUGACCACGGCCUCGAACUCAUCCGGGCCCCACCAACAGACGCACAAGACGACCUCGUCCCGGGCGGAUGAGGAGGCGUUGAUGGCUCUUCCGAACGUCGAGUCGACGAUCCGAGUCCCGGCCGAUGAACCAAGCCGCCUGGUGACGCUUCUGCCGGCCCUAGUUCGACGGACUCGGCCGACCACUUGGCCGGCCCGCCAGGUCGGCCGGCCGACCAAACGCCCUGACCGACGAAACCUGGGCUCGAGUCCCGAGACAGAAGCGCCAGCCGACACCGCCUCAAGCUUCGGUCUGACCGGCUCGCCGAGCAAGGUGGGCCAACGACCGGUCGCCGGAGCAGAUGAGCCUCGAGUCGACUCGUCCGAGGCUGCAAAACUGGCC